UGCCUCCAGUCAGCCACACACACCCAGAGUGCCAGCGAGCCCAUGGAACUGGAGCGCAAGGAGCCCCCGGAGGACCGCAGUGCCCAGGCGCUGCUGGGCGAGCUGGAGCGGCAGGUGCAGGACGUGGUGAGGGCGAGCUCGUGGUGGGAGCGCCACGGCGUGGACUGCGCCAUCCUCGCGCUCAGUCUCCUUGCCUUGCCCGCUGGGUUCCUGUGUCUGCGCUUCCAUAAUGUCCUGGCUUUUGCCACUGGCAUCACCAUCUUGGGCUUGUGCCAUUACACACUCACUGUCAAGGGCAGCCACCUGGCCACUCAUGGUGCCCUCACGGAAUCCAAACAUUGGAGCAAGAUCUUGUUGCUCUUCUUUGUGGAGGUAUGCACAGCCUUCCCUGCAGAGUUUGGCAGGUUCAACCAUGUCAACAUGCACCACGGUUACACCAAUGUGGUGGGUCUGGGAGACUCGAGCACAUGGAAACUGCCUUGCCUCAACCGCUAUGUCUACAUGUUCCUCGCACCCCUCUUGAUCCCUGUCUUAACUCCCCUGGUGGCUCUCGAGCGGCUGAGGCAGGAAGAGCUCAGGAUGGCACUACGGACACUUGGUCUCAUCUCCCUGGGCCUUUAUUCUCAGUACUGGCUAUUCCUGAAUGUGUCUGGCUUCAAGAGCCCCAGCUCAGCACUGGCCUGCAUGCUGCUCACCAGGUCCCUGCUGGCCCACCCGUACCUCCACGUCAACAUCUUCCAGCACAUCGGGCUGCCUAUGUUCUCACCGGACAAGAAGCCACGACGGAUUCACAUGAUGAGCCUGGGGGUGCUUAACCUGCCCCGGCUGCCGGUACUGGACUGGGCCUUUGGCCACUCACUCAUCAGCUGCCACGUGGAGCAUCACCUCUUCCCUCGGCUCUCUGACCACAUGUGCCUGAAGGUGAAGCCCGUGGUGUCGAAGUUUCUCCACGACAAGCAGCUACCCUACAAUGAGGACUCCUACCUGUCUCGUUUCCAGCUGUUCCUCGAUCACUAUGAAGAGUUCAUGGUGCAAGCCCCACCCAUCACAGAGCUGGUGGGGAUGCAGUGAAGGCCGGGUCCCCUCUCCUGGCCCUGCUGCUGCUGCUGGCCUGGGGUUGGGAGAGGGGCCUGGACCAUGGAGGCCUUUGAACAGACAGCAGCUCAUGCUUCAUGUCCUGGGGUCACCUACUCUGUUUGCUUUUUCUGGGAUGCAAGGAAGGGUGGUGCUGGGAGGAAGGAAUAUAGUGGCUGGGCAUCCUGGUUUAUCUAAGCCUUGGCCAAUUCCAUCUCAGGAUCUCUCUCUCUGCUCCAUCUGAGCCUGGGUAGGGCUGAAGGUAUUAGUGACAGAAGGUGAGGUGGAAUCCCCAUACCAAAGUGGAGGGGGUACAGAGAGAAAGAUCAGCCUCUUGGGCUCUGGCCUCCCUGAUGCCCGAGAAUGGCACACCAGCUCGGCUGCUGCUGCUUCCUGUACCUUCUGAGAUUCUGGUCCCCCAGGGCCCUCUCCCCUGAGAUGACAGGGUGAGGUCACUUUUGGCAGACCUCCCUAGCUUCUUCAACCAGAGAUGACUGUGCCAGGCUCAGCUGCCUCCAAGAUUCACAGUAUCAAUCAGAUAAAAGUAUGUUUUGAGGUAAAAGCUCUCCAGAGGAAAUGAGGGGAGCCAUACCUCAGGCACAAAGCUGGGGGAAGAGCAUAGACGGCUUUGAGUGUGACCUUGGCUAACUCUAGACAAGUCUGCUUUGUUCCAUGAUGUUUAGAAAGAGACAGAAUUACUGAGAGGUAGGUGAGGCUGGAGGAGGUCACUGGAACUGGGUCUGGAGGACAGAAGGCCUUACAGAGGGUGAAAGAAGGAAAGGUGGGUGGGGUGAGAUACAAGAGCUUGAAAGCAGGGGUUGGGCUAGGCUGGGGGAGGAUGGUCUGUAGGCUGGGUGUGAGGUGGGAAUGUAAGGGAGUCAUUGAUGCCAAACACAGGAGGAAGCCAAGCUGGGGACCACCACUGAGGUCCAGCCAAACAGGCAGCUGAAGAUGCUGGGAACUUCCCUGGCCAGAGGAGGCAGAAGAGGGUUCAAGGAAGGGCCCAGUGGAGGCUGAGGGAGGGACAGAAGAGGCCAGGCCUGUGCCAGGAGGCUAGAGAAGUUAGUUUAUAACCUGGUUUCUCACCUCAGCACUACUGGCAUGAUUUUUAUCUAGAUGAUUCUUGGUGGGCUGUCCUGUGUGCAUUAUAUGAUGUUUAGCUACACCCCUGGUUUCUACUGACCAGAUGCUGGGAGCCCCAAGUCCUGACAAUCAAAAAUGUCUCCAGAUAUAGCCAAAUGUUUCCUGGGUGGCAAACUUGUCCUUGGUUGAAAAUAUGCAAGUCAUUUUUCUGAGUGCACAAUUGCAUUUUCAGUUAAAACUUUGUAUAGAGAGAAGGGCACACUUACCCCAAUGAUGGGAGGCUAAAUGCCAGCCAAUGGAAUGGGCAGGCAACUGCAAAGCCUGGUCUGUUGGACAGCCAGCCCAUCUCUGGUGUUCAGUGUGGCCCAGGGAGAUGUAGCCACCCGUUCCCUGCCAUCCUUACCUGGCCUCCUCUAGCAGACACCCUUUCCCCCAGCUAUAGCUCUUAGGCACACAGCCUCUUCCUUGGGCUUCUUUUGGGCUGGGCCUGGCAUGGCAGUGGCUUCCAGCUGCUGCUGGCUGCUGAGUGCUUCUCUGCCCCCUUAGCUCUGCUUGAACUGCUGCACAAAGUUCCUUCAUUGAACACUCUUCACUCACUCCUUUGGAGCCUGUGCCAUCUGUUCCCUGCUGGGAAGCUCACUGACAGAGCAGUUUUGGAUCCAAACAGCAGCCCUUUUGGAGUGGGGCAGGCUUGGCAGCCUCUGCCGCCUCUUGAUUUGCUAUAUGUUAUUGCUGCUCAUUUGAAAUGCAUUAGCAGUUCAGAAAGGGCCUUAAGGUCUGGAAGUAUGAUUCAUCAAACUGUGAAUUCUCCAUAUGAAAAAUGUAAUGUCAGAAAAGGGUCCCGGCCACAUAUUGCAGGCUGAUUAAAGCCAUCCAAAUAUACAACCAGUGACUCAUUGUUAUUGAUCUGGGCCUGAUGGGGUGCAUUCCAGGACAGCAGCUGGAGGCCCUGGUAUUGCUCAUGAUAUACCAGGAGCAAAUCGCUUGGUUUCUUUGAAGCUCGAUUUUCUGUUACUCUGAGGAUGUGGGUUAGGAAUACCUGAGGCUUGAGAGGUGAGAGGGUAACAGUAGUGAUCAAAGUGCUUCCAGGACUCUGCAGAGACCCAGGGUCUAGUUCAGAGCUGUCUUUGGGAGGUGAAAACACUAAUGACAACCACUGGUACUGUUUGCUUACAACAUAUGGUAGAUGUUUUACCUAUGUCAUCUAAUUUUAAUCUUUACAAAUUAGAACUAUUUUUUUCUCAUGCUCUAAAUGGAGAAACAAGGAAUUUGAAUUAGUUUCUCAAUGUCAUAUGACUGGUAAGUGCAGACUGGGGAUUUGAACUCAGUGAUUCCAGAACCCACGCUGCCAACCAUCACAGUGCUGUUUCUGGAUAGGAAACACUCAGUGCUCCUGAUGACCCUCAAUUUCCAUCUUUCUUCUAGAAGAUAGGAUAAUUGAUGAAAUUGAUGAUCUUAUCAUUAAGAUAAAUUCUUUAGGGGCUGGGGCUCAAGUGGUUGAGUGUUUGCCUAGUAUGCAGGAGACCCGGGGUUUGGUCCCCAGCACAUCAUAACCAGGUGUGGUGACAGGAGGAGCAGUAUUCAAGGUCAUCCUUAGCUACAGAGUAAGCUUGGGCAACAGGAGACUCCAUCAAAAAAAAAAAAA